CAAAUUCUUUUCGUUUCCAUAUUUACUUUAUAUUUAUUCAUUCUAUCAUGCUUGAUUUAUUCACUAUUAUAAAUAAAGGUGGUCUCGUAUUAUGGAAACAUGCUUUCACACCUUUAUCUGGUAGCCCGGUGGAGGCUCUUAUAAAGAACGUUUUGAUUGAGGAACGAAGUGGCACUGACACAUAUAUCAAGGAUAGUUAUGCUCUCAAGUGGUCUUUUGCCAAUGAACUGGAUCUUGUCUUUGUGGUUGCUUAUCAAAAAAUUCUUCAACUUCCUUACAUCGAUGAACUCCUGGAGACUGUCAAGCGCCUCUUUAUUGACACUUAUAAAAAUACCGUAGUGGUUGAUCAAGGUAUCAAUGGUGACUAUUCUGAAUUCGAUCCUAUCUUUUCCCAAGUUUUACAAUCUCUAGAACAGAAAUUCUCUAAUCGAGCCCGUGCACCAAGGAAAUUCGAAAAUACCAAAAAAUUUGAAACAACUCUCAAGGGAUCACAAACACCAGGAAUCAAUACAUCAUCGUCAUCAUCAGCAUUGUUAGCAGCAAGUGGAAAAUCAGUAGUGGAUGAUGAUGAAAUCACUAAAAAUAUCAAGGCACUUAAAUUACAAGGAAGCCCAAGAGGAUCAGGCAAAAGUAGUCGCAAAACAUCAUCACGUACCAGUUCUUCAUCAGCACCACCUAGCACCGCCACAGAAAAGAAGAAAUCACAGAAGAAAAUGCGUGUAUGGGAUGGACAAAUUUCUAAAGGGGAAAUGGAAGCAUUGGAUUACAGUGGUAGUGGUCAAACAGAUACUACUGAUGCGGAUACACUCAAGGCACAAUAUUUGGAUGAGACGAAACUUGGUACCAAGAAUAAGCAAGGUAUAUAUGAAGUACAAGAUGUCGAUAUGGUGGAUGAAGAAGAAGAUGAUGAAGAUAAUGAAGGAGACGAUGAUCAACCCAAAUCAGCAGGUAUGUUCUCCUUUUUGAAAUCCAUCACCAAUCAACGUGAAAUGACGGCAGAAACUCUGGAUCCUGUUUUAGCCUCGAUGAAGGAACUCAUGAUCAAUAAGAAUGUAGCCAAGGAUAUUGCGGAUCGUCUAUGUGAUAGUGUCAAGCAAAGUCUAUUAGGGAAAAAAUUGGGUAGUUUUGAACGUAUAUCUACGGUUGUACGUACAAGUAUGGAACAAGCAUUGAAACGGAUUCUUACCCCAAAAACAUCUCUGGAUAUCUUACGAGAUAUUGAACAAGCCAAAUCAGAAAAAAGACCAUAUACAAUUACUUUUAUUGGUGUCAAUGGUGUUGGAAAGUCUACUAAUUUGAGCAAGGUGUGUUUUUGGUUAUUACAAAACAAUAUCAAAGUACUUAUCGCUGCUUGUGAUACUUUCCGAAGUGGUGCAGUGGAACAGUUACGUGUACAUGCAAGAAAUCUUCGUGCUUUACAAACUAGUGGAGGUGGUGUUGUAGAAUUAUUUGAACGUGGUUAUGGAAAAGAUUCUGCAGGUAUUGCCAAGGAUGCUAUUGCUUAUGCUGGUGCAAACAAUUUUGAUGUUGUAUUGAUUGAUACAGCAGGAAGAAUGCAAGAUAAUGAACCUUUAAUGCGUGCACUUUCGAAAUUGGUAUCAGUCAAUAAUCCGGAUAAAAUCAUCUUUGUAGGAGAAGCACUUGUAGGAAAUGAAGCUGUAGAUCAACUUACCAAAUUCAACAAUGCUCUCAAGGACUUUUCCGGUUUACAGAACCCUCGACAUAUUGACGGCAUGAUUCUUACCAAGUUUGAUACCAUCGAUGAUAAGGUGGGUGCUGCACUUACCAUGACUUACAUCACUGGACAACCCAUCUAUUUUGUUGGUUGUGGACAAACCUAUCUUGAUCUCAAAAACCUUCGUGUUUCUCAUAUUGUCCAAUCUCUUUUACGAAAUUAAUAUAAUUAGAUAUAUCAUUUAUUCCAUUCAAUAAAAAUUUAUAUAAUUUUGCAUUACUGUA